AUGUCUCAUACUCGCAGUUUUCUUCCUUUCUUUGUGCUUUUGCUCGUCUUUUCAACAGAAGGCGCUCUCUUUGGAUAUUAUGUGGCUCAUUGCCAGUUUACUUCCCCUGACGGCCACGAUGCCAUGUUCGUGGAGCAGUUUUACUUUAAUAAGAUGCUAGAAGGCCAAUACAACAGCAGUGUGGGGAAAGUAGUCGGUUACACAAAGAAUGGAAUAAAAGUUGCAGAUAAGCUCAACCGUAACGAGGGCUUUAUGAAACAUCAGGUAUGGAAAUCAAACCUUUGCAAAAGAAAUGUCCCACUGAUUUAUGAUGAGCUCCAGAAUCCAGUCGAGCCCUACGUUUGGCUGAGGUCUGUGGAUGCAGCAGACAGCAGACAUCCAAGCAUGCUCGUCUGCAGCGCGUACAACUUUUACCCAAAACAAAUCAAACUAACGUGGCUCAGAGACGGAAAGCAGACAACAACUGAUGUGACUUCCACUGAGGAGCUGCCAAAUGGAAACUGGCUCUACCAGAUCCAUUCCUACUUGGAGUAUACACCCACACCUGAGGAAAAAAUCUCAUGCAUGGUGGAGCAUGCAAGCCUCAUGAAGCCCAUGAUAUAUGACUGGGAACCAUCACCUGACUCAGGGAGAGAUAAGAUUGCUGUUGGUGCAGCAGGGCUGCUGCUGGGUUUGGUGUUUUCAGUUGCUGGGCUCAUUUACUACAAGAAGAAAUCCAGUGGGCGGGUCAUGGUGUCAAUCACCGAGGUUUUAUACCCCGAUGACACACUUUGA